AUGCAGCGUCGUCCGCUCGCGAACGCCGUCGCCCAUACUUCCACCAGCGACGAAACCGCGCGACGUGCAGCCGCCUUCAGGUUAGAGCCCUCUUUGAGCCAGCCCGAGCAGCCUUCGACGCAGUGCCUGCUGAGGCUCAAUCGCGACCUCGUGCACAUCUUCGACGACCCGCCGCCUGGCGUGUUCGUCGAACCAGAAGAGAACAUCACGAACGUCCACGCCGUCGUCGUGGGACCCGACGAGACGCCUUACGAAGGAGGCUUCUUCCACUUCGUGCUCACGUGCCUCCCGGACUACCCCGCCAGGCCACCGCUGGUACGCCUCAUGACAACGGACUCCGGAAGGGUGCGCUUCAAUCCGAACCUGUACAGUAGCGGGCUGGUCUCGCUUAGCAUCCUGGGCACCUUUCCCGGUCCAUCGUGGAGCGCGGACAUGACCCUCGAGACAGUGCUGGUUUCUAUCCAGUCGCUGCUCAGCGAGGAUCCGUUGGCCAACGAGCCGGGACUCGGGCCCGAGUUCGGGAGCUGGCUCGAAAAGAUAACCGGUUACAACGCCAACCUGCGCUACCAGACCCUCAGAGUCGCGGUUUGCGACGCGCUCGAGGCGUGCCUCCUGGGCAACUCGUCGUACCCGCGUGUCCUGCAGCAGGCUGUAUUGAAACACUUCGUCGAGCGCUACGCCAAGUAUGAAAACGCAGUCGUGGUUCAGCUCGGUACGGACCCGAGCACUCUGUGCGCCGGCUUGAAUGGCGCCUACUGCUAUGAAGCACUGCUAAAGCGAUUGCGGGAGUUAUAUGGCCGGGUCUUGAGGCACGCGGGAAGAAAUGUGACAGUGCCCUUACACUAG